AUGGACGAGAACUUCGACCCAAACCGAGCUGUACAUUGGCCGAGUGGCGCCGUAAGCAGUGAGCCAUCCCCCUCGAAACAGGUUGCAGACGAGGAUGCGCCGCUCGUUGCUGUGCUCAGCGCGUUGGAGGAUGGGCAAGUGGCUAUCGCGGGGGAUGUUGUGGCCAUACGGGCGGGACCAGAGACUUACCAUCCUGUCAAGGCGUUGAAGGGAAUGGCGUCCGAGAGCGACGUCAUCAUCCUCUCCUGCUUGACCAAAGCGCCCACCGCCGGCGAAGCUGCCUCAGCCGUGCGCUCCGCCCUUCAGCACGUCGUGGUGCGCCCGCCCUCGGUCACGACCCACAGCCCUGGGCCGGGAGGCAGAGCGGCCGCGGCGGGAGGCGUGGGGGUGGCCCCUGCCCUGCGGGCCAUCUCCCCGUCCUCCUACUCCGCCGUCGUCGACAGCAACCUGCUGCGGGCGUUCACGGCGACGCGUGCUCGGAUGAUCCUGGCGGGGCUGACCCCGCCGCCGGCCGAGGGCGAGUCACGGACGCUGCCGACGGUCGUCGUCGGGGUGUCCGGGGCCCCCGACGGCCUGUGCUUUCUCGGGCAGAGGGCGACGCCCGAGGGCCACAGCUCGUUCUCCUUCCGGCGAGAUAGCGAGCAGGAAGCGGCCGGGGGGCGGGCGCAGGCCCUCAGGAUCGACGACUUGGUGCGCGAGUACGGGGGCCGCGCUCACGCCUCCGCUCGCGCGCUGUACGACCUGUGGGGUGACUCGAGCGGCGACUUCCUUGGCGAGUGCCUGCAAGAGGGCGCCAAGUUGAGCCCCUUCGCCCGUCUUGCCACGGAGUGGGACUGCUCGACCCACGCCACGCGGACCCUUGGGUCGGCUCCGCCUCCCGCGUGCUCCUCCCUCCUUCUCAUUGGCGGGGAGUGCCCUCCAACUACGGUGAGCGCCAAGAUCCGGGGGGAUAUCGAUGUCCUCAAGACGGCUGUGGAGAGGGGGGUGGCGCCGCAGCAGACACGGCGGAAAACGAAAGGCCCGUUUGGGGGCGGGAGGGGAGACACCGGUCGCGACGAAGCACUUCCAGGCGGUACCUGUGCUCCUGGGGACGGGGAGGAGCAGGAGCGGAGGCGGUGGGAUGAAGAUCUUCAAGCGCUGCUUAGCGGGUCCGAGAACAUGGCGGAGUUCGCGGCGAAGCCGGUCGAUGUGCCGGUCGGGGGCGGGGGUAGCGACGACGCGUUGGAAGCGGGUAGAGCUGAGGAGGACACUGCGGUUCAAGACCGUACCGACGGCGGCGGUUUGGGAGAGGAAGAGGUCGGAUCGGGCAUGCAGGAGGUACCGGAGAAGGUCAGAGGUGACCUCGACUUCUCUGAGAGACUGUGGGAGCUGGCCGCGCGCGCCACAGACGUGAAAGGCGUGCGGUCGGCCGUCGCGUUGGCUUUCAACGCCGUCGGAGAGGGGCAGAUAUUCCCGGUCAUAAGCCGAGACAGCAAGACGGCCGUAGGCUGCCACAUUCGAGACGGCGUCGCAAUGGCGCGAGAGGCUAGGUACCAAGACGGGACGUCCGCGUGCCUCGGGGACGAGGCCAAGGCCGAGGCGUGGCGAGAGCGGGGAUCCGCCUUGCUCGCGGACGAGGACGCCCUGGCGAGCGUGUUCGUGGAGCUGGGCGUGCACAAGGUCACGCGCGACCUGUUGCACUGGCUCGAGGCGUACGCUGGCGUCCUCGCGGCCGACGUCGACCGCGCGCUGCCGGCCGCCGCCGCCGCCGCCGUCGGGGACAAGCCGGCUCCCGGCACCGGCGGCAGCGCGGCGAGAGACCGCCGCUUGGACCGUCUCCUCACGCUCGCCGACACGCUGGACCUCGUUGCGCUGGCUCAGUCCUACGGGGCGCCGUGGCGACAGGUGCGAUCUCUGGCGCUUAGCGGUCUGACCGCGCUCCAGCGGCCACCUGUGGCUGGCCCGCCGCCGUCGUCUUCGCCGGUGUUUUCGCUUGGCCUGCCCAAGCCCAUACCGCCCUGCGCGCGCUGUAAGCUCGCCCACCCGGUGUUCUGGGAGCUGUACCUGGAGCCCGCGGGGGGCAGCGGAGUGGGAGGCGCAAUGGAGACUGUGUCGUACACAUUGGCGAACGCUGGCCUGUUCCAGCUUAGCCGGUUGGAUGAGCCCCCGGCGCUGUCGGGGGAAGCGGCCCGCGCGGCGCAAGCCGCCCUGAGCGAUUGCCCCGCCCGCUUGAUCCCGGAGGUGUUGUCGAGCGUCACCGGAGCCGAGAGCUUCGUGGAGCUCAAGCGGCGAUUGCUGAUGCACAAGGCCAAUGGUGCAAGCGUGGCGGGUGACGCGGUCUUUGUAUGCGAGCACAGCUUCAUCCCUUGGCGCCGUGGCAUGGGUUGGACCGUCAAGGAUGUCGAAAGUAAAGGCAACGUGCGCGCCUGGCUCCCGCGCGCAACAGCGGCGAAGAUGAGCAACGCCUAUCCUCGCGUUCGCAGCGCGCUGCCGCCGGACCAAGGCAUGGUCGCAGACAAUCGGAGCAGCAGCAGCAGCAGCGCGUGUGCACCUGCUCAGAUGGCGUUCGGCAGCUCAUCAUCCGGAGCUAUUUGUGUCACGAGCGCGCCGUACGCAUACAACCCGCUAGAGCACUCCACAAGCUUGGGCUGGCAGCAUAGUCUAAUAGGAGCAACAGAUGUCGACCUUGGAGCGGAGCCACCAGCUGCGGACAUUGGCGGGAGCAGCCACGGGGGACGGGCCGUGCACAACAAUCUCGACGGCGGGUCGAUGCCUCAACAGAGCAAGACCUACAGGAUGGCAGUGAAGCGCACGGUGAUGUCCAUCGCGUUGAGCUGCGGCUUCGGCCUCGCCACGAUGUUGUUCAGAGGGAGACAGUCGGGUCUGGAGUUCUUCGCUGGCUACUUAGUGGAGCAGUCUCUGAGGUGGGCCAGCCCAACGGUUGUGCGGAAGUACACAGGAAGUAGACGUCUCUAAAUACUCCGGACAGAUCUACACAUUAAAUGCGGCGGAAUUAUUCCUGCCACACGCCGCACCCCGCGUGAGACGUUAGACAGUUAGACACCAGGAUAGAAUAUGGCAGUACAUAGCUGUAUGCAUAGAAAAUGACAUUGUAGACUCAGGGCUCCUGAAGCAGCCGAUCAUAGCGGCAGCAAGACCACACCUCCGCACAUGCAAUGUGUCAUCGUCUGUCAACAGUGUAGCAGGUUGCGGCCGGCUCUUCAAUAAACC